AUGCCGAAUACCUCCUCCAGCACACCUCCCUCCUCUUCUCCAGCAACAACCCGCUCCUCCUCAACCUCACAAGAAACACUUCUUUCCAACCCACCAAACACCAAACCAACCAUCGUAAUCCUAGGCACCGGCUGGGCAGGCUGGACCCUAGCCCAAGACCUCGGCCGCUCCACCUCCCUCCUCUCAACUCACAACCUCAUCAUCCUCUCCCCGACCCGAACCAUGGCCCUCACACCCCUCCUCGCCUCCGCCGCCUGCUCCAUCUUCGACUUCCGCAUCGCCGAAGAGCCCGUCCGACGGCUCUCCCUCGGGAAAAACGUCGUGAAAUACCAGGUCUGGUGCACGGCUGUCGAUUUUGAGAGCAGAGUUGUGAAGUGUAAAGCCGCGAUCGGGUCGAAUGGGGAUGAGAAGCUUGGUCCAAGGGAGGAGUUUGAGGUUAGGUAUGAUAAAUUGAUCCUAGCGCCUGGAGCGGAGGUUAAUACGUUUGGGACGCCGGGGGUGGAGGAGCAUUGUUUGUUUAUGAAAUCGGUAGCUGAUGCAAUGAAGUUAAGGGAGAGGAUACUGGAUUGUUUUGAGAUGGCUUCUCUGCCUACUUUUUCUGUUGAGCAGAAGAGGGAGAUUUUGCAUUUUGUGAUUGUGGGUGGGGGCCCGACGGGCGUGGAGUUGGCGGCUGAGAUUGAUGAGUUGGUGCAUGGGCAUCUUUUGGGGGUGUAUAAGGAGCUUGAGGGAUUGGUGACGGUUAGUGUGUAUGAUAUUGCGGAUCGGAUGUUAGGGCAGUUUGGAGAGAAGUUGUCGGAGUAUGCGAUGGAGAAGUUUAGGAGGAGGGAUGUGAGGAUUUGUAUGGGAAAGCAUAUUCAGGGGUUUGAGAAAGGGGUCAUGAAUGUGAAAGAGGAUGGGGAGGUGAAGUUUGGGACUGCGGUUUGGUGUACGGGGAACAAGGCGGGUGGAUUGGUGGAAGAUUUGGAGGUUAAGAAGGAUGAGAGUGGACAGAGGAUGUUGACUGAUCGGUGGUUGAGGGUUUUGAGUAAAAAGAAGGGAGUCGUUGAUAGUGUUUUCGCAUUGGGGGAUGCGGCUGAUAUUGAGGGUGGGGAGUUGCCAACUACGGCUGAAGUAGCGGUUCAAAAGGCCAAGUGGCUUGCGAAGUAUCUGAUUGCUGGCGAGGAAGGAAAGAAAUUUGAAUAUACGCAGAAGGCAGUUGUUGCCUACAUUGGUAGACAUGAUGGCGUUGUUGAGGGAAAAUCUGAUUGGACUGGUGCCGGAGCAUGGUUAGCAUGGCGAAGCGGAAGUCUGGAGUGGACUAGAAAUUGGAGAAGACGUGCGAUGAUUAUUCUGUACUGGGUCAUGAACAAGUUAGACGGCAGAGAGAUUGCGAGAAGAUAGAAG